ACGCGUUCCGUUGACUGACUUAGCCCUUAACAAAAAGUCAUCCCUCUUAUCUCUAUUAAACUCUAAGUUGUGUUUAACAAUCUCAUUUUAAGAUAGAAAUCAGAAAGCACAAAAAAAUAGAAUGGGAAAGCCAACAGCACAAAACAAUAGCUUUAUAAACCACUUCAGCCACCCACACCCCCUUCAGUUAAUCCCGCCGACAUCAUCACCACCGUGCUCCGCUUGCAAACUUACCGGAGGAAACGGCCGGAUUUACUCAUGCAGGCCAUGCAACUUCUCUCUCCAUGAGUCAUGCAGCAAGAUGAAGCAGGUAAUCACCCAUCCCUCUCACCCUUCUCAUACGCUUACCCUUCUGGUGGCUCCCGUCUAUGAUGGUGGAUACUUCAACUGCGAUGGGUGUGGCGUCAACGGAACUGGUUUUAGCUACCAGUGCUCUCUUUGCGACUUUGACAUCCACGCGCUAUGCGCUUACAAGCCGCUCUCGAUCGUCCACAAUUCUCAUCCGCAGCAUACCCUUAAACUCGCGUUUCAUUCUCCCUACGGUGCCAACAAGGGAUUCUCCUGCGACAUAUGCCUUAAGAUUGGGAAGAACCAAUGGCUCUAUCGAUGCAUCCCUUGCGAAUUCGAUGCUCAUGUUGAUUGCAUCAAUGCUCACCAUCCACACCUCCUUCAGCAUAGUAGUUCUGCACCUACUCCUCUUGCUCAUCAUGCCGGUCACCCCAAUAAUAGGCCCAGACCAGGGCAGAUGAAUAGGCCUAAUAGGCCUACGAAUAAUCCUACCAGGCCUAAUAGGCCUGUUGGUAAUCCCAAUAGACCUAUAGGUCAAAACGCUGCUGUCGAUGGACCAAGAGGACAGAACAAUAACUUGGGUUGUAAUGGUUCGAUUGGGCCUAUUACACAGAGUUUUGACCAAGGGUCAAUGGAAGGGAGUGUCUUCGAUGGUAGUGCAGUGAACGAAGAGUUUGAUGGUGAAGUCGAUGUUGAGAUUGAUUAUGAAGCUAGUGGGUAUGAAGGUACUGAAGAUGGAGAGGCCUAUGACGAGGAAGAAGACGUUGACGGUAACGGCCUUGAAAUUGUGGCUUACGGUGAUGCCAAUGACGUUGCAUAUAGCGAGAGUGAAUUUGGUGGUAGCAGUGAUGCUCGUAGCCAGUCUAAUGAAUUGUCUGACCAGGCUGAUCUUUAUCCACUUUCAGUUCGUACGAACCGAGGGCCGGGUGGUGGUAGGAAGCAACACUCGAGUCCUAAUAGUCCCGCCCCAGCUAGGUCGAAGAAUAUAGGCCGUAACGGGCGUGGAGGUGGUAGGCUUCAAGGGUCCAAGAAUCCAAUCGAAAAUCCUAGAGGGCCUCAAACUAAAAGGUUGCAGAAUGUACGCAAUAAUGCAAUAAGAGCCGGGGGACCUGGUGGUUUUAAUAGGCCUCGUGAUCUAGCUGCAUUCAAUGGACCUCAAGGAUUUAAUGGACCUAGUGGUGGGCCCUUUAAUGUAAUUGACAAUGGUGGCAACAAUGAUAGCUACAACGAAGUCGAUGGAAAUGAGAUGUAUGCUGGUGAAUAUGGUGCGACUUAUGGUGAUGAAGGUGAUUGUGACUUCGAAGCUGGAGGUGACUUUGUCGACGAUGGAUGUGAUCAAGCAUAUGAUGAAGAUGAUUUUGAAUGCUACACCGAUAUCACCGGAGGAAGUGAGUCUAUGUAUAACGAGGAUGAGUCUUAUGAGACUAUGGAUGAUUCACAAUAUAAUGAUGAACCCAAUAACCAGUUUUUAUCCAUGGUUGAACCGGGUGGUGGACCGGGAAUGAAUAACCAGAACCAAUAUGGUCAGACCGAUAGGCCGAGAAGAAUGGGCAGGUAUGGGCGUGGUGGUACUACAAAUAUGAACAGAUAUGGAAACGUGAAUCAAGGAACAAAUAGUACGCAGACAAGAACUACGGGUAGAUCAGUCCAACGUAGGCCGAAUGGAGGACAAUAUAGGGCCAACGGACCUAAUGGGCCCAACGGAAACACAAUGAUGAAUUCAAUGGUGCAGGGUUUGUGCCAAGGCUUGGCAAUGAACAUGCUCGCCGGCGAUGGUAGUGACGUUAACAGUGGAGCAGGUGACAGCGGUGGAUCAUCCAUCUUCGGAGGCUUGCUUGGUGGUGAAUCAGAAUUUUGAUUCUGAAGAUGGAGAAUUGUUAUUGGACUUAAAAAAUCAGAAUUAAAUUUUCUUUAUAUGUUCUGCAAAUUUGUAUUGGGUUUUUUCUGGUUUUUACUUCCAUCUUUUUAUUUUUCUCUAUGUAUUUGGAAACUGUUAUAUCAUUUUCUUGUAUUCCUUUUUUUUUUUUUUUUUUUGUAUUCUGAAAUGUAAUAUUUUGUUUAUCGAUAAAAAGAAUGGUUGU